AUGAAUUAUGAUAAUAUUGGAGAUGGUGCUUAUAGUAUAAGAGAUUGGCUAUUAGUACCAUACAAAAAUUAUGGAAACUUAACAGACACCCAAAUUAAAUUUAACAAAAUGUUAUGUGGUACUAGAGUUUUAAUUGAAAAUUCAUUUGGACUACUAAAAUCGCGGUUGAGACAACUACUUCAGGUUGAUAUACAUGAUGUGGACAAAAUAACUAAGUUUAUUAUUUCAUGUUGUGUAUUACACAAUAUGUGCAUUGAUAUGGAAGAUUACAUUGAGUUGGAUAAUGAAAUACUAUUAACACUAGCAGCAGAACCAAAUGUUUAUUCAAUCGACUCGGACACUGUCUUAAGAAAAAAAGGAGAAGCUAAACGCGAGGCACUAAAAAAUAGCUUACAAUAUUUUCAGUGCUACACUUCUGAUGAAUGA